AUGGUUAAAGAAACAAAAUUUUACGAUUUAUUAGGUGUUUCUCCAAAUGCUUCAGAAACUGAAAUUAAAAAGGGUUAUAGAAAACAAGCUUUGAAGUACCAUCCAGAUAAAAAUCCAAGUGAAGAGGCUGCUGAAAAGUUUAAAGAAUGCUCUGCUGCUUAUGAAGUUUUAUCCGAUUCACAAAAGAGAGAGGUGUAUGACCAAUAUGGUGAAGAAGGUUUAAACGGUGGCGGCGCUGGUGGUUUCCCAGGUGGUGGCUUUGGUUUCGGUGACGAUAUCUUUUCUCAAUUCUUUGGUGGUGCAGGUGCUCAAAGACCAUCGGGUCCACAAAGAGGUAGAGAUAUUAAGCAUGAAAUUCAAAACACUUUGGAAGAAUUAUAUAAAGGUAGAACUGCUAAACUAGCUCUAAACAAACAAAUCUUAUGUAAAACCUGUGAGGGUCGUGGUGGUAAGGCUGGCGCUGUCAAGAAGUGUACUAGUUGUAACGGUCAAGGUAUAAAAUUCGUCACCAGACAAAUGGGUCCAAUGAUUCAAAGAUUCCAAACUGAAUGUGAUGUUUGUCAUGGUUCCGGUGAUAUCAUUGAUCCAAAAGAUAGAUGUAAGGAUUGUAAAGGUAAGAAGAUUGCCAAUGAAAGAAAGGUAUUGGAAGUCCAUGUUGAACCAGGUAUGAGAGAAGGUCAAAAAAUUGUAUUCAAAGGUGAAGCUGACCAAGCUCCAGAUGUUAUUCCGGGUGAUGUCAUUUUCGUUGUUGUUGAAAAGCCACACAAGCACUUCAAGAGAGCCGGCGAUGAUUUAUUAUAUGAAGCUGAAAUUGAUUUAUUAACUGCCAUAGCAGGUGGUGAAUUUGCAAUCCAACAUGUUUCAGGUGAUUGGUUAAAGGUUUCCACUGUUCCAGGUGAAGUCAUCUCAUCGGGUAUGAAGAAGGUCAUCGAAGGUAAAGGUAUGCCAGUUCCAAAGUACGGUGGUUACGGUAAUUUAAUUGUUACUUUCAAAAUUAAAUUCCCAGAAAAUAAUUUUGCCACUGAGGAUAAAUUAAAGGAAUUAGAAAACAUUUUACCAGCUAGAACUCCAGUUUCUAUCCCAGCAAAGGCUUCCAUAGAUGAAUGUGUCUUAUCGGACUUUGACCCAACUAAAUACAGCAAAUCUAAGGGUAGAUCAGGUAGGAGUUACGAUUCUGAUGAAGAAGAACAACAUGGUGAAGGUGUUCAAUGUGCUUCUCAAUAG